UCAAGUUUAAAGUGGAUCCGCCCAAAAGCCUCUCAAUGGCGACUGUGACAAUUUUACGACGUGCACAGCUUCUUAUCACUAGAUCCACGUUUGCAUCUCACAAGAUAACGCGAGCAAUGUCCAGUAUGCUCAUAGACGAUCCCAAGUAUUCCUGGUUAAAGGACCUUGGAUUAGGACCCACGAAUAAAGGAGUAUUUUAUGGAGCCUGGGAUGGAACUGGCGAGGAGGUUACUUCAUUUUGCCCUGCAAACAACCAACCAAUCGCUAAAGUGACACAGGCCAGUCCAGCUGAUUACGAGAAAGCUGUUGUAGCUGCCAAGGAAGCAUGGGAAACCUGGGCAGAGGUGACUGCCCCACAAAGAGGAGAAAUCUUAAGACAAAUGGGGGAGGCCCUAAGGCAAAAGAAAACACUUCUGGGAAAGCUGGAAUCGUUGGAGAUGGGCAAGAUUUUGCCUGAGGGUGAGGGAGAAGUGCAGGAGUACAUUGAUAUCAUUGAUUACGCGGUGGGGCUGUCCAGGAUGUUUGCUGGUCAUGUUUUCCCCUCAGAAAGAAAAGGUCACAUGCUGUUGGAGCAGUGGAAUCCCCUUGGACUUGUGGGAGUUAUCACAGCAUUUAAUUUCCCUGUUGCUGUGUAUGGCUGGAACUCAUCCAUCGCCAUGGCUUGUGGAAACUGUGUACUGUGGAAGGGUGCCCCUACUACUCCGCUCGUCAGUGUUGCAGUCACAAAAAUUUUGGAGACAGUAUUAAAGGCCAACAAUAUUCCCCCAGCAGUUUGUUCACUUGUCCAAGGAGGGGCAGACAUUGGAACAUUGAUGGCUAAAGAUGAGAGAAUCAAUCUUGUAUCUUUCACUGGAAGCACCCCAGUUGGUAAAAAAGUAUCAUUGAUGGUCCAAGAGAGAUUUGGCAAAUUUUUGCUGGAACUUGGAGGGAACAAUGCCAUUAUUGUGAACGAGGAUGCUGAUUUGGACAUGGUUGUGCGGGCCGGAGUGUUCGCCUGUGCUGGUACCGCCGGACAGAGGUGUACCACCACUAGGAGACUGGUUUUACAUGAGAAGGUCCAUGAUCAGGUUGUAGCUGGGUUGGUGAAGGCCUACAAACAACUCCGGGUCGGAGACCCCCUAGAUGAUGGAACCCUGUAUGGUCCACUGCACAGUCAACAGGGGGUGGAUCAGUACUUCGCAGCGUUAGAGGAGGCCAAGGCCCAGGGAGGAAAGAUUGAAUGUGGAGGAAAGAAAAUUGAGAGACCAGGAAAUUAUGUGGAGCCUACCAUAAUUACCGGUCUAAAGCAUGACGCCCCCAUUGUCCUGAAGGAGACCUUUGUACCCAUAGUGUAUGCUGUCAAAUUCUCAAACAUAGAUGAGGCCUUCAAGAUCAACAAUGAGGUAAAGCAGGGCUUGUCCAGCAGUCUGUUCACAAAGGACAUGAAUGCCGUGUUCAGAUGGAUGGGGCCUAAAGGAUCAGAUUGCGGCAUUGUGAAUGUCAACAUUCCCACAAAUGGUGCAGAAAUUGGAGGAGCGUUUGGUGGCGAGAAGCAGACUGGGGGUGGAAGAGAGUCGGGCAGUGACGCAUGGAAACAGUACAUGAGGAGAUCGACCUGCACAAUCAACUACAGUGCCGAGUUGCCUUUAGCCCAGGGAAUCAAGUUUGAAUGAACGCAUGUUUAUAUAAAAAGGACACAUUCUACAAAAAAUGUCUUCUGUGAUAUCAUUGUUUGAAGUGCUAAAAAACAUAUACAAUUGUGAGCCCAAAAAAGUGCAUUGAAAUCAGAGAUUAUUUACAUUUGUAUUAGUUAGAAAUAUAUUUUGGUAGAUUUGUUUGACAUACAGUGUAUGUUGAGCAGAUAUUCUUUAUACUCUUGAUAUGGAAAGUUGUAACAUGGGGGUUUUUUUUGUUGCAUUUUUGAAAAAAAUGUCAUAAUGGACAUUUAAAGAAAAAGAUUUUAUCAUGAUAUGAUAUUGCUGGACAUUAGAUGUUACUUAUUUUGUUUUUGUUGUUGAAAUAUAAAGAGUUGCAUGCAACAUUAAUUUGUAAGCCUAUUGAAAUCAAAAGAUUUGAGACCAAUCGACUACUUUGAAUAUAGAGCUAUGGCUUUUAUAUCUCGAAGAAUAUUAUGUCAUUUAGAUUACUUUUUUGUUAGAAUCUCACAAAUCAUUUUGUAAAAAAAAAAAAAUGGAAUAUUUUCUAUAAAGUUGUGAAAUAUUG